CCAAAUAUCCUAUUUGUGUUAACAUCUCAACAUCCACAACCGACAAUGAACACAAUGAUAGAGUAAACUAUACCUACAAUGGGGAAACUAGUUUACAAACAAGGCAACUGCUACCAACAAGAACAGAAUAUGCAACAAAGAUGGCAGAUUAUGUGAUUGAACAAACUCAAAAAUCGAUGGAAGAAAGCUCCGAAGAAAAUCAAAUAAUUUUAAAUCCUCAAGUUGCUGAAAUACACAUUGGCCAAGUUUUUGCAAACAAGGAAACCCUCCAACAAGCAGUAAGCCUUCACUCAAUAAGAUACAAUCAACCUUUCAAGGUAAAAAGAUCAUCAAAACUAGACUAUAAACUAGUCUGUAUUGAUGAUAACUGCAACUGGACAUUCUUAGCAUCAAAACAUGGAAAGACUGACAUGUUUAUCAUAAGAAAAAUAGAGCAUACUCAUACAUGUUCAUUGGACAUCACUUCUGGAGACCAUCCUCAAGCUACAAGCAACCUGGUUGGAAAGGUUAUAAAAAACAAGUUUGUAAACCCAAAAAGAGAUUACACUCCAACAGAAAUUGUGGAUGACAUGGCAGAUGAUUACAGUGUCUCUAUAUCUUACCAAAAAGCAUGGAGAGCUAGAGAAAAGGCAAUUGUGGAUGCUCGUCGCUGCCCACAAGAAUCAUACAGUGAGAUACCAUCAAUUUUAUACAUGAUGCAAAUAUCAAACCCAGGAACAAUCACAGACCUAGUAACAGAUGAAGAUAACAAAUUCAAAUAUCUAUACUUUGCAGUAGGUGCUUCAAUAAAAGGUUGGCAACACUGUACACAAUUAAUAGUCACAGAUGGAACCUUUUUGACAAACCAACAUGGAGGCUUUUUGUUGAUAGCAAGUGCACAAAAUGCAAAUAGACAUAUAUUCCCACUUGCAUUUGCAGUAGUAGAUUCCGAAAAUGACAGCUCUUGGGAAUGGUUUUCAAAAAAUAAAGGAAACUUAUGGCGAAAGAGAAGGUCAAUGCAUCGUAUCAGAUAG